CACAAGCAUGUGACAGUGGGUCAGCAACCCAGUCAUGCAGCACAAAGAAAAGUCGUCAGGAACCCCAUUAUAAUCAGAACAGAGAGCGACACGAUCCUAUUUCAUCACCAGCUGAAAGGCUCCCUACCACAAAAUCAACAUGGAUUGCGGGAUUAUUACAUCCAAAACAGUCCUUUUGCUUCUAAGUUUAAUAUUUUGGGCUGCGGGUGGCGCUCUUGCCUACGUAGGCUCUUAUGUGAUCAAGAGCUACAACAACUUUGACAACUUCCUGGAGGAUAAGUACACACUCAUCCCUGCAGCCAUCAUCAUCACUGUGGGAGUGGUGAUGUUCAUCAUCGGGACUGUGGGCUGCUGCGCCACCCUGAGAGAGUCCAAAGUGGGCCUGAGCUUUUUCCUGAUGAUCCUCCUGGCCGUCUUUGCAGCAGAGGUCGCUGCCCUAGUGUUUGCGUUCAUUUACCGAGGCAGGAUUAAAGGUGACUUGGAGCGGUCAAUGAGCGAUGUGUUCCAGAAGUAUGAUGGUGAGAACGCUGAUACCCGGGCUGUGGAUUAUCUGCAGUCUCAGUUGCAGUGCUGUGGAGUGCAGACCUACAUGAACUGGACCACCACCCCCUGGUUCAGCAGCAGUAACAACACUGUGCCCAUCUCCUGUUGUAAAGGGAACAACACCGAGUGCACAGGCACCCUGGACCAGCCAGUCCUGCUCAAUACUCAGGGUUGUGAGGGUAAGCUGGAACAGCUCCUUCAGGAUGUGAUGAGCUAUGCCAUGCUGGUCAUCCUUGGCUUUGCCAUCAUCAAGUUUUUCGGGAUGCUUAGUGUGUGUGUGAUCACCUGUAAAAGUGUCAGGCGAACUGGCUACCAGGCCCUGUAUGUCUGAUACUACCUGAUCCUGCAGUCUCCAAGGACGCUUUAGAGGCUUGUCUCCCAGCAGCUCCUGACCCUUGACCCCUGACACCUCUCCCCACUCCUCUCCAGCAGUGUGAGGUCAUAAAGCCUAAGGACUUGUGUUCCCCACACCAAUAUUUUAGUAUCCUUUCAGGAACAUCGUCUUACCGUUUUUAUACAGCUUUCCCGGGCAGUUGUCAGACCCACCAAACUUUGGGCAAACCACUGCCAACAUUGGAAACAAUGGUAAACCACGAAAUGCCAUUUUUUAAAAGAUAGUUGCAAAUUACCACUCAAACUUUUAAACAAAGGAAGUUGGCUUAAGCUUAACGGUGUUGUUAUUUGCUGCUGUACAUAAUGAAAAAAAGAAAGGAUAUGCACAGUGAUAUAUCAGUACAUGGGAUACAUUCCUUUAAAGGGGAAAUCUGGGGUGACCUGGGAUUCAACAACAACAAAGAGGGCACCCCCGACACUUUUUUGAUAAACAGCUGAGGGAUGGGGCUGGGGAAAUGUAACCACUCUUAAACCACUCUCAAAUUCAUAGACAGAGCUAUGGAUGCAUGCAUGGACUGACCGUCAAUGAGAUCAAAAUGAUAGUUUUAACCUUGUUUUGAAGCUAUACCGUGAUUGUUUACAAUUACUUUGUUUACAAACAAUGGUGUAAAACAUGCUUAUAUUUUGGGUUCUGAUGGGGUAAGACAGUUGAACUAAGCUCAUGAGGCAAUUCUUCUAGAAUCAAUGUCUAUAUCGAUGGCUAUAUAUAAUUAAUUAAAAGUAAAAAAAAAUUAAACAUCUGCCAAUCCCAGAUUGCCCCUUUAAUGAUUGAAAUGUUGUUUUGAUACUGUCAAGUACUUUUUCAGAUUCCAACACAUCAGGUAGUAGGGAUUUGUCUAGGAUAUACUGUAUUACAUUAGAAAAGGACUGUCAACAUUCUUUUGGAAAUUAAUGCUUAUUGUACUUGAAACAGAUAUUGAUUUCAAUGUUCAUGAACACCACUGAUUUCUGCAUCAUUGUAGAGUAUUGUGCAAUUGAAUGUAAUCAUAUCUGGUAGAAUAGACGGUAUACAGUUGGACUUGGUUGUGUAUAUUUAAUUUCUAAUGUAUUAAAAGCUAACUACAAAGACA